GGCGGCGGGGCCCCGAGCGCGCGCUCAGUCUUCUCUCGCCGCCGGAGCCCGGGGUGGGGCAGGCCGGGUAUCUCCGCGCCGGCUCUCUGCCGGCCCGGCUGGGAGGAGCUGCCGUCGGAGGGAGCCGCCGGGCCUCCGGGCCGCAUCGCAGUCUUCGGCCCCCGCGGGGUCCCUCUGCCGCGAAGUGAUGGCACCGAGAAGAAAUGAGAAAUACAAACUUCCUGUUCCCCUUCCAGAAGGCCAGAUCCUGGGUGAUACAGAAGGACAGCAGUGGGUGCUGGGCAAAAUGAUUGGCUCCGGAGGAUUUGGAUUGAUCUAUUUGGCUUUCCCCAAAAACAAACCAGAUAAAGAUGCAAGACAUGUAAUAAAAGUAGAAUAUCAAGAAAAUGGCCCAUUAUUUUCAGAACUUAAAUUUUAUCAAAGAGCUGCAAAAACAGACUGUAUCAAAAAAUGGAUAGAACUGAAACAACUUGAUUAUUUAGGAAUUCCUCUGUUUUAUGGCUCUGGUCUUACUGAAUUCAAGGGAAGAAGUUACAGAUUCAUGGUAAUGGAAAGACUAGGAAUAGAUUUGCAGAAGAUCUCAGACCAGAAUGGUACCUUUAAAAAGUCAACUGUCCUGCAGCUAGGUAUCCGAAUGUUGGAUGUACUGGAAUAUAUACAUGAAAAUGAAUAUGUUCAUGGUGACAUAAAAGCAGCGAAUCUACUUUUGGGUUACAAAAAUCCAGAUCGGGUUUAUCUUGCAGAUUAUGGACUUUGCUACAGAUAUUGUCCCAAUGGGAACCACAAACAGUAUCAGGAAAAUCCUAGGAAAUGCCAUAAUGGGACAAUAGAGUUUACAAGCCUGGAUGCCCACAGGGGAGUGGCCCUGUCCAGACGAAGUGACCUUGAAAUCCUCGGCUACUGCCUGCUGCGGUGGUUAUGUGGGAAACUGCCCUGGGAACGGAACCUGAAGGACCCUGUGGCUGUUCAGACUGCCAAAACAAAUCUGUUAGAUGAGCUCCCUGAGUCAGUGCUUAAAUGGGCUCCUUCCGGAAGCAGUUGCUGUGAAAUAGCCCAAUAUUUGGCAUGUGCUCAUAAUUUAGCAUAUGAUGAAAAGCCAAACUAUCAAAUGCUCAAGAAGAUUCUGAACCCAGGUGGAACACCUUUAGGACCACUGGAAUUUUCGACUAAAGGAGAGACUGUAAAUGUGCAUACUCCACACAAUCAAAAAGUUGAUUCGCAAAAGGCUGCAACAAAGGAAGUCAAUCAGAUGCAAAAUAGGUUAAUAGGAAAAAAAGCCGACAGAGAGAGAAGUGCUGAGUCCUGUGCAACAUGGAGAAAAGUGCAAAAAGAGGAGAAGCUGAUUGGAUUGCUUAACAAUGAAACAGCUCAGAUCCAAAAGUACCAAAUCGAACUCACAGAGCCGAAAAAUACACCAGAGAGGUUCAACAGCAGACUAGAUGAAGCAGAAGAAAAGAUCAGUCAACUUGAAGACAAGGCAGUGGAACUCAUCCAAUCAGAGCAGCAAAAAGAAAAAAGAAUGAAAAAAAGGGAAGAUUGCUUAAGGGGUAACAUCAAACAGUCUAACAUUCGCAUUAGAGGGGUCCCAGAAGGAGAAGUGAGAAAGAAAGGGUCAUAAAUCUUGUUUGAAGAAAAUAGCUGAAAACUUCCCUAACUUGGGGUAGGAAAAAGACAUCCAGAUCUGGGAAGCUCAGAGAGUUCCAAAUAAGAUGAAUUCAAAGAGACCCACACCAAGACACAUUAUAAUUAAAAUGUCAAAAGUUAAAGAAAGACAAGAAGAGAGUAUUAAAAGCAGCAAGAGAAAAACUUGUUACAUAGAAAAUCUUCAUCAGACUGUUAGCAGAUUUUUCAGCAGAAACUUUGCAGGCUAGAAGAGAGUGGCACAAUAUAUUCAAAGUGCUGAAAGAAAAAUACUUCCAACCAGGAAUGCUCUAUGUGGCAGUUAUCACUCAGAAUUCAUGGAGAGAUAAAGAGUUUUCCAGACAAGAAAAAGCUAAAGGAGUUCAUCACCAGUAAACUGGCCUUAAAAGGAAGUUUAAAGGGACUCUUUAAGCUGAAAGAGUGCUUGAUAAUUAGUAACAAGAAAACAUAUAAAUCUCACUGGAAAAGUAAAUAUAUAGUUAAGAUAGUGGAUUAAUCAUUUAUAAAUCUAGUAUGCAGGUUAAAAGACAAAAGUAGUAAAAACUAUGAUUACAAUAAUUAGUUAAGGGAUACAAAAGGUGUAAAAUGUGAAGUCAAAAACAUAAAUGUGGGGGGAAAGUAAAAAUGUUGAGCUUUAUUAGGAUCAAAUUGUUAUCAACUUAAAUAGACUAUAGAUAUGUUUUUAUAUGUAAGCCUCAUGGUAAACACAGAGCAAAAACCCAUAGUAAAUACACAAAAAAGACAGAGAAAGGGAAUAUAAGUAUACCACUAAAGGAAGUCAUCAAGACAGAAAGGAAGAUAACAAGAGAAGAAGAAAGGAACAGAAAGGGACUACAAAGCCAGUAAACAACAGAAAGGCAGUUAAGUGCAUACCUAUCAAUAAUUACUUUAAAUGUAAAUAGACUAAAUUCUCCAAUUAAAAGACAGAGUGGCUAAAUGGAUUAAAAAACAAGAUCCAUCUAUAUGUUG